AUGGAGACCGUCAAGAAGGUUCCAGACAUCGACUGCAACACCCGGGCAUCCAACAGCAGAACCGACCCAGGGAGUGACGUCAAGAACGCGGACAGAGUUUACAAUAUCGGCGGCAGAACGCUAAGAGGGACCGACGUCAAGACCAUCGCCGAUUAUGAUCAAGCUCUCAGAAAGGGUUUCCCCAAGGGGGGACUGCGCAAGAAUCAGCCUGGUCGAUUCAUGUCACUCCCGACUGAGCUACGUCGGAUGAUCUACUGCCAGCUUGCCCUCGAUAUGUACAGACACUACAUACCCGGCAAACCGAGAGAUGAAGACGGCGUGCGCAAUUGGAGCGACUUCCAUUAUGACAACAGCCGUACGAUUGUAUGGCGCCACGACGAUACACCCUGGGAACUUUAUGCAGAUGACGACGAGCAAGAUUAUGCAACGUUCAAAUACGAUCGUAACCCUUGGAUUAGCAACCUUCCCGCUAUCAUGAGAACCUGCAAAGAAGUAUAUAAGGAAGCCAAACCCGAAUUCUUCCAGUUUUGCUUCAUGAUGUUCGAGGGUAAAGGAUACUUGGAAGACUGGGACACAAAAAUCGAUAUUAUCUCGCCCGGAAGAUUCCGCCCGGAGCACAUUCGCGACUUGCAUAUCGAGUGGCUGCAAACCAUCUGCCCACCCAUCCGAGAAUUCCUCGAGUACGUCUUCAGAGCGGCCAAGAACCUUCAGCUUCUACACUUCGACACGACCGGGGGCAAUAUCAGCGAGAGAUCGAGCCGGAAGCUUGCCGAAAUCCUGGGCCCCCUUCUUCUCUCAAGCAAGAAGCUUCGGGUGGUCAGAUUCACGGGCCAGGAUCACGUGUGGUGGGCAAACACAAUGCGGGAGAAGCUCAAGGGAUGUGGUACGGUUGUAAAGAGCCUGUGCGACAAGGCCUGCGACCCCGGCUACCAGGGCUUCCAGUCAACGGCACACGAUGAUAUCAAUAACCCAGUCAGCAGCAGGGACUGGAAAGUGAACGAGGACUAUUUCGGAUGGUACCAUACGCUAGAGAACAAUGGGUGGAAUGUCUACACCCAAGAUGACGGCGACCAAAACCAAAAUGACCAAGAACAACUCGUCAACGGCCAAGACAAAGAUGAAGACGACCAUGAAGAAGAAGGCGAAGAUAACAACGGCGAGAAAAUUUGAUCUACAGAUCAGUAGAUUCUGGUGGGUUUGUGAGGAGUACAUCAAAGCUACAGGGAAAUCACUUGCAAGUAGGGGCUUAUAAAUGGGCGAAGCAGGUGAUGGCAAAGGAACCAGAGGAACGAGCUUGUGAAGACUACAUCGACCAUACGAUGAAAUCACUUGCAAUUAGAGGAUCAUGAAGGGUUGAACUAGCUCAUGGUAAGGAACUCAAGAAGAGUUUCUGAGGACUACAUCAACGCUACAGGGAAAUCAUUUGCUACUAGGGGAUCAUCAAGGACCGAAGCAGGUCAUAUCAAAGGGACUCGAGGGAUUUAUCACUAAUUGCCCUAACGGGUUGUAUUAUUCUAUUCAAAACUCC